AUGCCUACAGUCUACGUCCCCAGAGCAUUCGUAUAUGUUCUUGGUGGCAUGCUCUCGACUAUCUGGGUCGCCACCUACCAGGACUUACUCGUUAUGAGGUAUCGCAAGUCUGCUGGCAUCGAGCAACCGAGAAUGUUUGCGGACAAGUCUGAGGUAGAAGCAUCGCCGGCAGCGAACAAAUUUAAUCUUGCCCAGCGCACACAUCAAUACAGUCUCAGAAGCCUCCCUACGCUCCUCAUCACCGCGCUGCUUACGGGACUCGAUUCACCCGUGUGGGCAAUUAUAGGAUUAUUCACGUGGUCCAUAUCAUCCGCAGUGUAUACCCAUGGGUAUGUGGUCACCGGGAAAUCGACCAAGAAGACUUACGUGGCUGGGCUCCUUACCACGCUCAUUUUGAUAGCCUUCCUAUGCAACGCCAGCUACUACGUCGUGUUGAGGAUGAUCUUGGGUGACUUCUAG